CUGACAGCAACAUGGCGGCGGCGGCAGCCGGGCGGCGUGGCGGGGGUUUGGGGCGGCCCCCGGCACCGGCACCCGUCCCGGUGGGUGACGUGCCGCCCGCCGGCGAGCUGGUGCGUCCCUCGGUGACGGAGCUGUCCCAAGUGAGGACCAACAUCCUCUGCACCGUGCCCGGCUGCGGCAAGGUCCUGCCCAACAGCCCGGCCCUCAACAUGCACCUCAGCAAGGCCCACCCGCUCCAGGGUGGAAAACUUAAUGCACCAAUAAGGAAGGGUUUGAAAACUUCACAGAAAUUCUACUGCUGUCCUAUUGAAGGCUGCCCUAGAGGACCAAACAGACCAUUUUCCCAAUUUUCUCUUGUAAAACAGCACUUUAUGAAAAUGCAUGCUGAAAAGAAGCACAAAUGUGAUAAAUGUAGUAACUCCUAUGGUACAGAGUGGUAUUUGAAGCGGCACAUAGAGGUGUGUGGCAAGACGUUCCAGUGCACUUGUGGGUGCCCUUACGCCAGCAGAACAGCAUUACUCUCUCAUAUUUACAGAACUGGCCAUGAAAUUCCUGCAGAACACAGGGAUCCUCCUAGUAAGAAAAGGAAAAUGGAAACCUCGGUACAUAACCAGCAGCUGGCAGAGAAAGCAAAUGAAGCCUUCAUCAAUACACACAAUCCUAACCCUGGCACUCAGGAACUGGAAUCCUCUGAAGUGAAACUAGCGGCCUCUCUUGAAGGCUCCUGCAGUUCUAACUUCACAAACCAAAUGCAGCCAAAAUGUACACCGAAGAUGCUUUUACCAAAGCCCAAGGUGGCUUUGGUUAAACUCCCUGUGAUGCAGGUUGCUCACUUGCCUAUAUAUGUAUCUGCAACAGACUCUGCUGUCAAACCUGCUGUAGUGGCCGUUGAUAAUCAAGGUUCGGUUGUAAGUACUGUUCAUUUAUUGCCUCAAUCUAUAGGAAUUCUGAUUCCAGCACUGGAGGCAGAAACACUUGUGUUUAAAGAUAGUAUGCCUGUUUCAAAAGUGACAAAUUCUGCUGACCGUGAACCAGUAAGUACUGGUGUACAAGUUGACUUGGAUAAGGUGACAUCAAAUAACACGGGACAAGAGCUGGGGAACGCUUGUCACAAGAAUAAAAUUUCUUCAAUAAAUAUACAAACGGACUUAUCUUAUAUUUCACAGAACUUUGUACCAGGGGCAGCCUGGACUCCCAAUUCUUCUGUCUCCUCUUGCUCUCAGACAGAUCUGUCAUUUGGUUCCCAGGUUUCCUUACCCAUCAGUGUGCAAACGCAGACGCUGCUGCCUGCUUCCAAACUGACUUCAUCCAUAGCUGCUCAGACCGAUGCUUUCAGUCAGGUUUGUUUCCCAACCUGUGGUGUUUCUAGAGAGACUCAAACCAGUAGGACGCAGGACUCCAUCGAUGGCAGAGUGCAGAUGGACCAGGCUGUAAUGUGCAGUGACAUCUUUGACAAUGUUGAUUCAUCAUAUAAUGUUUCUACUCACAUGGAGCUCCCAGAAAACAAUUUAAUGCCUGCGAAUAUAGAUCAAACCUUGCUGCCAAGGAGUAACAGCAAGAGCCCGAGUCAAGAUACGGUGAAGUCUGAAUCCCUUAUCAGCUUCAAUACACAGACUAAUAUACUUCCACCUCAGAACACGAUGGAUAAUCAAACCCAGACAAUGGACCUCCUAAGUGAUCUGGAGAACAUCUUUUCAGGAAACAUGUCUGGCCAGACGCUGGAUAAUCGGGGCCUUUUGUCUGAGACGAGCUCUAACGCUGACACGCAUCUGCCAUCUGGUCCCUCACAGAGCACAGGAAUAGACUUCGACAUUGAAGAGUUCUUCUCAGCAUCCAAUAUCCAAACUCAGACUGAAGAGAGCGAGCUUGGUACCCUGAACUCUGAGCCAGUUCUGGAGUCGCUGGACAUUGAAACUCAGACUGAUUUCUUAUUUUCAGAUAGUGCCACUCAAUCAUACAGCUGCCGAGGAAAUUCUAACUUCUUAGGCUUGGAGAUGUUUGAUACCCAGACACAGACAGACUUGAAUUUUUUUUUGGACAGUAAUACCCAUCUGCCUUUAGGGAGUAUUCUGAAGCAGUCUAGUUUCUCCAUGAGUACUGACUCAUCUGACACAGAAACCCAGACAGAAGUAUAUCCAGCUACUAAAAACAUCCCUACUCAGAAUAUUGAAAGUAAAGUCCAGCUGAGUAGUGCUGAAACACAGACUAUGGAUAGCUGCUUUGAGAAUCUGGGGAGUUUAUUCCUUACCAGCAACGAGACGCAGACAGCAAUGGAUGACUUUCUCCUGGCUGACUUAGCCUGGAAUACAAUGGAGUCCCAGUUCAGCUCGGUAGAAACCCAGACCUGUGAAGAGCUGUGCUCCUUGUUUCAGAGCUCUGACAAGCCCAGCCAUUGAGCACUACGUCAUGGAACGGUUUCCUGUGGUUUGAAAUUAAGUUAUUGGGGUGGGAGAGAUGGCUUGACCAAGUUAUCCACUUUGCAUUAUUGAAUGUAGCUAUCGUGAGCAGUCGGCCUAAGAGACUUUUCAUGCUGAAGUUUGUCUCUGAUUUUCAAGGCAGUGUCUCUAUUGUAAGUAUUGGUCAGCAGUGACUUCUUACUUUGCUUACUCUCUUUUGUAUCCUCUGCUGCCAUUGGAACUACCAUACAAAAUUAACAUCGGGUUCUUCAUAGUCUCUUAGCACAAAUUUUUAUCUGGAAGUGAUACUAACGUUACUUGUACUUACUCUUUGUGUUUCUUGCUUAAUUCUGUUAUGCUGCGAUUGCUGGAUCUUGAUCUGGGUGCCUGUGUAAUGCUAAUCUAAAACUGAAUGAGUAGUUUUGUAGUUUCACUGGAGCUUUUUCUUCCGGUAUAUAAAAAAUUGAAACAAAUGAAACAGCCAGUUUGGGACACGCGUUCUAUGAGAACAUAAGCACAAACCAGCUGAAAAAUGAGAGAUCUGUCUUGUUGCCUUCCAUGUUUGUCACGGUGUUAACAGUUUGUGUGACAGUAGAUGUACGUUUCUUCUACUUUUAGCUUCAUUUGCAUCUGUUUCCACUAAUACGCGUGUAAAUACUCCUUUCUGCUCUGGGUAGGGAGGGAAUUCUCCCCCAACUCUUCAUGUCAGCCUGGAGAAAUUGGUAGUUUAAAGCCAGAGCUUGCUCACGCUACGUAUUCUUAGCUGUGCAAAGCUGCUUGUGUCAAAAACCAUUUCACUUCCCAAAGGAUAUGAUGUCUUAAAGAAAAAAGAAUACUUGCAGCUGUAAAUGAAACAGCUGUAAAACAAGCCUUGUGAGAACUCCUCUAGUUUUGAACAGUUCAGUGUCUGUAACUUCACGUCUGUAACUAACCCUCCUUACAAAUUUUUGUUCUAAGUCAUGCAGUCAUUUUUUUCUGUUGAAAACAAAAGGCUGAAUUUCCCUGUUAGUCAUAUAUACCUCGAUUGUGUAGAGGCAACAGAACAAAGAAAGAUGACUGUUUGAAAUCCUUGUCCUGCCAGCACAGGCUCACGUGCUUAGAUUUGAAUUGAUUUUUCCGUGAGGCUGGGUAGAGAUGUGUUGGCAGUGUUGAGAUCUUGGGUUUUUAGUAGGCUUUCAAAUAUAUAAGUCAACAGGACUAAUACUGAAUCAACGUGGGGUGCUCAGCUUGCAAAAGAGUAUGUUACUGAAGUGACAGCUCAGAGAUGAACCAAAUGUACUUGCCUUCAUCGUUAAGGUUGUACAGCUUCCUUUGCUUUAAUCUAGUUCUGAUGGGUUAUUUUUUUUAAACAUGAUCUUAAUGUACAAUUUACUGUUCCAAAUACAUUCACACCAAACUGUUGUUAACAUUCUGGGCCUUGCAAGCUUGUUAUUCAUGUUUGGUUUAAGGUGCUGCUGUGCUUGUGUUCCUAGUGGCACAGACUUCCACUAAUAUCUUUAUAUGAACACUAUGAGGACAGGGUUGGUCGGUGGUAGCAAGCUUCAACGCAUGGUGCAAACGUCCAUCUUCUGUUCCUUUUGUUGUUUUGGUUUUAUUUUUUAUAUCAGCUGAUGUGAAUUUAAACAUGUGCUGGAAGGAUUUGCUGCUCAGAGCGUGAGUGACUUGUGUUGUUUAAAAUGCCAUUGCUAUGCAAUGAACCAGACCCAAGGAUCCACGUCGUUCAGCUCUGCAUUGCCCUGCAGUCGGGCUGAGGGUACGUCUGUUGGUGCGUGUGACUCUUCCGCUUCACUGACAAUGCAGUGGGACAGCCUGAGACAGCGAAACUCCUGGAGGAACUGCUGAGUUCAGUAACAGAAGCCCUUUAUUUCUGAUGCUUUUUCAUACACUGGCUUGAUGGCAGUAUCCUCCAAGUAACAGGCAAUGGAAUAUAAUAGAUGACUUGUGGUGAUGUGAACCUGCAUUUCACAACAACUAAGGCUUUACGUGCACGCUUCAGGCGCCUGCAUGCAGGGCUCCAUUGACAGUGCUGCUGCCUACUGGUAUUUGCAAGUGCAUCUUUGAGAAAGCCAGCUAUGAAAGAUAGCCAUAUAUUUUUUCAGCUUACGGAAUUCAGCACCUGAUUAUGAUCUAAUUUAAACUUGUAAUUAUUUGGAAUGUAUGAGUAAUAAAUCUCCUGGGUGAGUAUUUCCCAAAGAAUGUGUGAGUUAAUAAGGCUAAGAAAUGUCCUUAAAAUAUUUUUCUUCUCAUCACUGGUGGGAUUUUGAUUUAGUGGACAAAUUUAGUUUUCAAAGGAUGUCCGUGUUUAAUUCUUGCUAUUUAAGCCAGUAAGCUUGCAAGGAGCAGACAAAAGCAAGCGUUCGUUUCUUAGACCUAUUUUACAAGUGACAAUCCCAAAGAAGGAAUGUUGUCCUAGUCAUUGUGAAACUUUUAAAUAUAUUAAUGCAUGCAGAGAAAACCUUGUGCCAAAAUACUGUCUCAUAUUUCCUUCUGUUGGAGACUGAUAUGUUACAUAAAGCUACUAGUAAGUUAUUCUCAAGUAUUGAAACGUUUUGUUCACAAAUGAAGCACUUCAUCCUGUAAAUUGUACAUAUUUUGGAAUAAAGUUACCUUCAAUCCA